AUGGUCUCGCCUGACCGCCUGGGCCAACUCUUCCCCCUGCUCUCCACGGUGCAGCCCUACUGCGCGGAGCGGCUGUCGGCCCCGGUGCGCCCCUCCGCCGCGGAGCUGUGCCGCAACGGGCGCGCGCGGUCCGCGGCGGUGCACUGCUUCGUGAAGAUGCCGCGGAAGCCGCCCUUCUCGAGGCGCGGUGUUUUGGUCGGUCUGGGAAUCCGCGUGGCUUCGGAGGAGUCAGCAGUUCUGAUUUUCUAG